AUGAGACAGCUGAUGGAAGGCGUGACAGCUGUUGGUGAUGCCUACGGCAGCCUACCUGUGACCACUUCCAUUUGGUUCGCUCAAUGCUCGCUGUCGGCCACAGUGAACACUCUGAAUGAAUACGGCUAUGAGUUGCUCCAUGUCGAGCAUACCUACGCCACUUUCUUGUGGCGGCCUUUCUUUCAGCAGCUCGCGGGGCCAGUGGCAGCUGUCGAUCCCUACACUGCUUGGCUGAGAGGGUGGCACUGCUCCCCACACGCGCGAUUCAUUUUUGACUUGGAGAUUUGGGGGAGGCAAGCCUUCACCCAGGAGUUGCAGAUGAAGCCCUUCAAAACCAAAACCGAGAGAGACCGAAUGCAGGAGUAUGCUGUGAUGGUGAUGGCGGAAACGCCCGGCUUGCGCUAUUUCUUGGAACGUGGCCCAGUGCCACAUGGCCGUUGUGGGGAGGGCAUUUGUGAAUGUUUUCCUCCUUAUCGUGGUGAGCUCUGCGAAUUGGAGGACCCGCCACUCGUCCCGCAGGACAUCAAAGCGGCCAUCCAUUACAUGAUGGCGGAAACCGAGCGGGACUUGCUGGACAUGGAGCGCUCCCUGAAAAGCCUCUGGCAGUUUUACAACCACCAAGUGGAUUAUCCCGUGGUGGUCUUCCACGAAGGCCUCACGCCUGCGGCCCGUCGCCGCUUGGUCUUGGCCUCUUUGAAUCGCCUCUGGUUUGCGCUGGUGCCGCGCUUCAAGGAGAUUCCACCUGAAUGGGCCGAAGCCUCCCGGCAACGGGCGGCCGACUUCUCCGUGGGCUACCGCGCCAUGACACGCUGGCGCUCGGGGCCGCUGUUCUUGGAACCGGCGCUGGCGGGCUUCGACUACGCCAUGACGCUGGAUACGGAUUCCUAUUUCCCGGCGCACUUUGGCUCGGAUCCCUUUGAGGUGCUUCACACCAGCGGUUUGACGGCCCUCUUUCCACACCUGGGACGGGAGUCGGCCAGUGUCGUGGUGAACUUUAUGCAUUAUUUUCUACUCUACUGCAGGCUUCAUAAGUUGGAUCCACGGCGGAGCAAGAUGAUUGCCGCGCUCAUCGAGAAGAAUUUCAAGUGGUACCAGCAAUGCCUAAUGCUGGACAUCGAAGUGCUUCGUUUAGAUUGGUUUCGGAGCGAGACGUACCAGGAUUUCUUCCGCUACAUGGAUUCGGUGGGAGGCUUUUGGUUGCACCGCUGGGGGAACAAUCCUUUACGGACCUUCGCCGUGGCCUUGCUACUCCGCGAUGAGGAGGUCAAGUCGGUGGUGAUGCCAUAUGCUCAUCAGGACUUCUGCUCCUGCGGUCCUGGAAUGCCAAAGUGCACUUGGGAUGCAGUGAAGCAGGAAUACUUUUGCGAAGCGCCUGCAGGCGCAGGCGCUUCGCACAUGCCUGCAGCCUUCACCUUGGAGGAGCUCUCUGAGGGAUUGCUGGAUUUGCAGCCCUGGCGCGGCUCUGCUCGACAGCUGAGCCGCCGGGCAGACAUGGAGGUUUAUCGCUUUGCAGCGGGCGAGACGUAG